AUGGCUACCAACGGCACCUCCAGUCUCCCCUUCAAGCUCGCCGAUCCGGAUCUCUUCCACCAAGACUCUUACGUCGAUGGCAAAUGGGUACAGGCCAAAUCUGGCAAGCGGUUUGACGUUGUCGACCCCGGCUCCGACAAGACAUGGGCGUCCUGCCCCGAUAACGGCGUUAACGAUGUUGACGCCGCCGUCGAGUCGUCUUACAAAGCUUUCAAAGAGUACAGCAUUAUGAACCCUCGCCAGCGGGCACAGCUGCUUAUGAAAUGGCACGAGCUCAUCACUGCCGCCAAAGACGAUCUAGCCAAGAUCCUCACCUAUGAAACCGGCAAACCCCUCGCCGAGGCCAAGGGCGAACUCGACUACUCCCUAGGCUUUACUUGGUGGUUUGCUGGCGAGGCAGAGCGCAUCCAAGGCAGCAUCUCUGUGCCCUCGGCUCCCAACCGCCGCACCUUUGUCAUCAAGCAGCCCAUCGGUGUGGCCGUGGCCCUUGUACCAUGGAAUUUCCCCAUCGCCAUGAUCCUGCGCAAAGCCGGCGCCGCCUUUGCUGCUGGCUGCACCAUGGUCGUCAAACCCUCCCCAGAAACACCACUUACCUGCCUUACUCUCGCCCACUUGGCCACCAAGGCUGGCUUUCCACCUGGUGUCUUCAACGUCCUCACCACUUCUCUCGAGAACACACCGUCUCUGUCUGAAGCCCUCAUCAUGCACCCACAUGUCAAGAAGGUCACUUUCACUGGCAGUACCCGUGUCGGCAAGCUCGUUGCCAAGCUGUGCUCCAAGGGAUUGAAGAAGUGCACACUCGAGCUCGGAGGCAACUGCCCCUUUAUCGUCUUCGACGACGCCGACCUCGAGCAGGCGGCAACACAGUACAUGGCGCUGAAGUGGAGACAUGCCGGACAAGCUUGUAUCACUGCCAACCGUCUCUAUGUUCAGUCAGGUGUAUACGACAAAUUCACCCAAAUCCUUGUUGAGAAGACGAAAGCGCUCAAGGUCGGUCAUGGCGCGGAAGAUGGCACGACCAUGGGCCCAGUCACAACGCCUCGAGGUCUUGCAAAGGCUGAAGAGCAGGCUGCAGACGCAGUCAAGCACGGUGCGAAGCUGGUGCUAGGCACCGGCAAAGCGCACAAGAACGCCAAAGCGGACGAGGGCAGUGGUGAGGGCAAGGGCGUGGGUGGAUAUUUCAUGGAUCCCACAAUCUUGACCGGCAUGACGCCUGACAUGUUGAUGUCAAGAGAAGAGACUUUUGCACCCGUGGCCGGCAUUUAUAAGUUUGAGAAGGAAGAAGAGGCCGUCAAGUGGGCGAAUGACACAUCAAUGGGAUUGGCGAGCUACGCCUUCACCAAGAACGUCGACCGUCUUUGGAGGAUGCUGGAAAACCUGGAGGCUGGUAUGAUUGGCUUGAAUACUGGCAAUUCGUCGGCUGCUGAGUCACCAUUUGGAGGCAUCAAGGAGAGCGGAUAUGGAAAGGAGUCUGGCAAGGACGUUGCCGUCAACGAAUACCUCGUCUCAAAGACAGGUACCUUCACCAUUGCAGGACAGUACUGA